AUGGGCGAAGAUGAGGUAAAAUUGAAAUCCACUUCAAUAGCAGCAUCCUCUAAGGAGAUCAAACUACCCUUUCUACUCAAUACAAAUCUAGGAAAUGAAGCGCUGUUGCAUGAUCCAACAUUAGUCGAAGACUACUCAGAUAUUUUGAAAACUAAACCAAAUGGAAGAUUCACUAGGGGAAAUGCAGAAGGUGAUGAUGAAAGCAGUGCUGGAGGUAGUGUGGUAAUGACACCUACAACAGAUACCGCAAAUAGCCCGUCUCCUCUAAAAUUACAAAGGAGUAGUAUACUGAGUACUACAUCAAGUCGUUAUUCAGCACCCACUAUCGAUCAAGACGAAUUAAAGCUCGUAUUGAAUAAGGAAAAGAAACCAGAGAACCUGAGCCUUGACACAGAAACUGAAGCUACACAAAGGGAGGAUCUUACAGUACGAUCUGAAUUCGAAAGUGAUAUGAACCAGCCAACUGGUGCAGCCACAGACGCCAAUAAAGCCACUAUAGAGGAACAGGAGAGUGAUGUGAAUGAUGAUUAUUAUGAAGAUCCUAAUAACCACUAUGAUUAUUCUGAUUCUGAUUUUGAAGAUAAUCUCGAACAGAGGUUAAAGGAUAUGAGCACAAACACCGACUCUUUUACAGACGAUGAAUUAGAUCAUAGCGAAGGAAACAAAUUAACUAAAAUUACUAAACAACCGCAUAAUGUAGAGGAUGAAGAUCUUUACAAAGACCUAGAAUUGGCGCUAUCAGCAGAUGAAGAAGAAGAUGCGUAUGAGGACGAAGAAGAGGAAGAAGAGGAGUAUCAGCCACUACCUCCACCACAGGAAUUAGAUCCAGACAAACUUUAUGCAUUAUAUGAAUUCAAUGGACCUGAUUCAUCACAUUGUCAAUUAAAACAAGAUGAAGCCUGCAUAUUGCUUAAUGACCAAGAUUCAUAUUGGUGGUUGGUGAAACGUUGUAGCGAUAAUAAAAUCGGAUUUGCACCCGCAGAAAUCCUUGAAACGUUUCCUGAGCGAUUAGCAAGACUAAACUGUUGGAAGAAUGAAAAUAUGUCGUCAAGAUCGCUGGAUAUACCGAAUGAAGUAGAUGAUAAUAACAAGAAACCCAACGCAAAAGAUAAUACAGAAGAAACAUCUAAUACAACGCCUUCUUUUGAAACGAAUGAUAAUAAUUCUAAAAGUGCAACUGAGGACUCGUUAUCGCCUAAUGACGAGCUCCAAACAAUGAAGCCACCAGGUCUAAAGGACUACAAAAAGGGAAAUAAAUCUGUUAGUUUUAAUGAUGUUGUCAGUUUUGCCGAAAGAUAUAUUGAUGAAGACACACAUAAUGAAUGUGGCGAUGAACUUCCGAAACAUCACGACGAAUUUUCUGAGGAGCGAUUAGAUUUUAAUGAUGAAUUAAGUGAUACAGUGAGUGAUGUGUCGUCAUCCGGUCCAACCGCACCCUUGAAUAUUAAGAAGACGAGACAGUAUCUAUCUCCGGAUGUAUAUCUGGACAGUAAAGCCACAGACACUCAAAACACUCAAUCGUUGAAAUUGCCUUCACCUGAGCUUUUAUCAGAGGUACCUAUUACCAGCACGAAAGAAGCUGUCAUUGAACCUGAAAACACAGAUGAAUUGCAUAAAGUUUUUGAAGUACCUAUUCGACCAUUUGAUGGUAAUAAGAAUAAUGGGAUACAGAACUCUAAUUCAAACUAUUCAAUUUCCAGUAUAGGUGAAUUCUCACCAUCUUCCUCUGAAUGGACCGAAGAAUCCCCCAAACAACAGGAUACUGAAAUUGAUAACAUCGAACGAAGAGAUACAAUACCGUCCAUAAAGGCAGUAUCGAAUAUCGCAAACUUUAUUAAGAGCAAUGGGGAAAAUGACCCAUCCACACCACAGGAUUCCCAACCUGGUUCAGUGAAUAUUGAAACUAAGAAGAUAGCUGGAAAAACCGUUCCUUUACAGAUAGAAAAGAUAGAAAAGAUAAUAUCAGAAGAUGCGGCGAAUAACCCUCCUGAAGAAACCCACUCGAAUCCAUCGAGUUCACCUUCAGCGUCGUCAGUAGGAGAUUUCUCCAUGGGUUCUCAUAGAGUACUGUCAACCACAAGCAUUAAUAGUACUCUCUCUACGUCAAAGACAACGGAUAGAGAGGAAACUACUCACAAUCAAACAUCUUCAACUCUGCACCCGAAGAUCAGUCAACUAUAUAGUCCAAUGUUUAACAAGAUGGACAAUUUGAUGAAGCAACUAGAUGAAAUAAUACAGAAAUAG